UCUGAAUACAANUCCGGGACAUGUACGUGGAAAGUCGAUGUUCCCACAGAUUUACGGAUUAUUUUUUAUUUUGUGUCCUACAACAUUGAGUCGUGCCGCAGUUCUUCCACAUGCAGCGGCUGUACCCGCGUGGAACUGAGGGAUGAUCCAAACGAGUUGCCCUGGACGACAUUCUGCGACUAUAAUAGUGAGAUCCCCGAGCCGAUCUCAACCAACAAAAGCACUCUGUUCGUCAACUUUAUUCUAGCGAACGAUGACUCUGACAGUUGGUUCACCGCUCACUAUGUAACUUGGCCAUUUGAAGGAAAAAUCGACUUGACGGCAACCUCAACUAGUGAGAUUUCUAGCCCAAACUUUCCUGGGAAAUACCCGAGGAAUUCGUAUUUCCGGUGGUCAGUGGUUGCUCCCUCGGAAUAUCGUAUCAAAAUUGAAUUCUCCAAGUUUGAGAUAAGUUACUGUGACAAUUGCGCAUGUGAUUUCCUGAUAGUGCGAGAUGGUUUUUCCAAGGAAAGCAAAUUAUUAGGAAAAUACUGCAGUGAUCCAGGUAGUUUGUACACAUCAGGAAACCACAUGUGGAUGGAGUUUGCAUCGGCGUUGACAGACAGGCGAAGAAGUGACAGCAUAGGAUUCAAGGCUACAGUCUCAAGAGAAAUCAAACUUUACGUGAUCGUGGUGCCGUGUGUUGUCGGAAUCCUUCUUAUGACUCUAAUAGCCGCCGUCAUUGUGAUGAUGUUUCGACGUCGCCGCCUGUCCUCCCCGGGUAAUGGAGCUCCUGUGCAGAUGUCUCUACUGAACGAAGAUACUCAGUUAUCUGAUUCAGGUCCACACAGUGAAGCCAGUUUACCAGUUUAUCGUCCAACCACGCGAGCAAUUAAGAGUUGACGGACUUAGUUACUAAGUCGCUACCCAAACCCACAUACAGGUUUGACCUAAGCAGACACCCUCCUAAGUUUUUCUAGACCCGUGGGUGUGCACUUACGGGCAUUGCGACUAUACAAUCAACUUCUUCUAUAACCAAUACUUUUGUUACUACAACGUAAUGUAAGUAAAUCAGGGAACUUCCUCAAUACAACCUUCACUGAAUCACUUCAAUGUGGUCAUAUUGA